AUGGAGAUAUCAAUAGAACAACUUCUUGCUGCAGGAGUUCCUUCUGGCUUAAUAGCUCAUCGUACAGCUGAACUGCAGCAGCAGCAGCAGCAGCAGCAGCAGCAGCAGCAGCAGCAGGGACUGUUUACACUAUGGGGAAGAAGAAGGAACAAGAAAAUAACUUCUCUUGUUGUCUCUGCAGAUGAUGAAUUCACUAAGGCCCUUCUUAGGACUUGCAAGGAUGCAGGAUUAAGGCGCGAGCUCUACUCCCUAGGAGACAGGGAAGAGGACAAAGUAUAUAAUUAUAAUUUUCUUCAUCUGUUGGCAAUUCGCCAGAAAUUAGCAAAAAAGAGAGGGGAGGGAGUAUUGCGUACACCAGAGGCGGUCUCAACAUUCUUAGAUCGUGUUGAAUUGGCCUUAGGGCCUAAAUUAGAGGAAGAAAUAAAAACCCUAAAAAGGGUUGCUGAUGUUCUUCCCUCUAAUUAUAAUGUUAAUCUUUCCCUUAAACCCUACGAUAUUCCUUUCUUGAUGGAGUGUUAUGCUAUACAACAAAGGAAUAACUCGUCUACUAAACCCUUACGGCUAUCUCUAGAUUCAAUUUGGCAAAAGGCGGUCAAUAUGGUGGAGAAGUUGACGGGAUUCACGUUAGUUCCUGUCCCUCCUCUACCAGGGGAGACCUGGCACUGGAGUGUAUUAAAGUACGAGCUACAUCCAAUAGGAAGGGGAUGGGAGAUAGGGGGCCCCCUUACUCGUGCAUGCGUUGUUGAGGAAGAAGGGGUUUUACGACAAACCCCUGCUUGUGCAUUAAUUGCUAACUUUGAUCCUCCCUCUCGUAUACAUAACAUGGAGAAAGGGGAUAUAAAUGAUGCUUAUUCUUUAUUAAAAGAUUGUUUAUUAACAAAAGAAGAAAGUAUUCAUUUAUUACAUGAAUUAGGUCAUGUUAUUCAUGGACUUUUAUCACAAACAGAAUUACAACAUUUAUCAGGCACGCGCGGCGCGGUUGAUUUUGCGGAGUUUCCUUCGCAUUUAUUUGAAUGUGUUUUUCGAGUUAUGUUUGGUAUAAAUCGUUAA